AUUAAUCAAUUUUGAUUGUAAACACGUUUUCAAUAGCCGCUGUACUGAUUUCAUACCUUAUGAUUUUUAACACAUUUUAAUCAUUAAAUGCUAUUUUUUUUCCAGUUUCUCAUUUCUGUACGUAACUUAUUUGAAGAACAUAGUUUAACUUGUUUUCAGUGUUUUGAAUUAGAGUUGACAAAAUGAAUAUGUUAAAAUAUAAAGAAGUUAUUGAAGAAGGAGAUUUAGUAAUCAUAUAUUUAGAUGUUCGUCAUAUGUAUCCCCUCACAAUUAAAAAUGACGAAGUUUUCCAAAGUAAAUACGGUGCUUUAAAACAUAAUGAUUGUAUAGGUAAAAAAUUUGGCAGUCCUGUGCCAUGUACUAGAGGAUAUGUGUAUGUACUUUUUCCUACACCUGAGUUGUGGACUGUUACCUUACCACAUAGAACACAAAUUUUAUAUGCUGCAGAUAUUAGUUUCAUAAUUAUGCAAUUAGAUUUGAAACCUGGAUCUGUUGUGUGUGAAGCUGGAACUGGAAGUGGGUCUCUGACCCAUGCAUUAGCAAGAGCAGUUGCUCCAAAUGGUUCAGUUUAUACAUUUGAUUUUCAUGAAAAAAGAGUUGAGCUUGCACAAAAAGAGUUUGAUUCACAUGGUUUCAGUUCUAUAGUGAAAAUUGAAAUGAAAGAUGUGUGUUCUAGUGGAUUUGGACUGAAGAACAUUGCAGAUGCUGUGUUCUUGGAUCUUCCAAAUCCAUGGGAUGUUAUUUCCCUUAUCAUCGAUUCAUUCAAAUCAUCUGGUGGUAGAAUUUGUACCUUUUCACCAUGCAUUGAGCAAGUCCAGCGUACUUGUGAUGCUCUUCAUAAAUGUGGCUUUCAAGAUAUAGUUACUGUUGAAUGCUUGCAAAGAACUUAUGAUGUGAAAAAAAUUACCCAAACUAUUCUUAAUUUUAAACAUUCAAAAAAGGAUCCUUCAUUAACUGAUGACAAUCCUCAAGAACAGAAAAUUCGCAAAGAGGACCCAGUAUCAGAAAAAUCUGAUGUUAAUAAGGAUGAACCUAGUGAUUGUGAAACUGUUACUCACUGGUCAGCCGUGCCACCGCUUGAAACUGCUGGUCAUACUGGUUACCUUACCUAUGCUUCAUAUAUUAAAUUAGAUUGAUGUAACUUCAUAAAAAUCUAUUUAUUGUUUGUUACAAUGUAACAUAAACCAAAAGCCAUGUUGUAAAUACACAUAUUUUAUUGAGUAA